CACUUUAGUGGGGCGGCCGCGUCCCGUCACCGGCGCACCGGCGUGCCUAAACUCCGUCGGUCGCCAUGAGUUUUGUGGACGAUGUGAUCGUCAAAAAGCUCUACGCCUGCCCCGUUUGCUUUGAAACCUUCGCGAAGUGGGGCACUUGCCUGAUACAUCUCAACAGCAACGCCAGCUGCCACUCUGCAAUUGGUGAAGAGACCUUUCGCAUACAGGAAGAGUUGCAAGACCUAUGCCGGAAAGCUGCCAAUGGGGAGUUUCCCUUGAUGAAGCAUCCCCAGUACCAUGAGCUGCCGGUUCCUGUCACCAACUUCGAUCCCAAUGCUAUGAGUUUUGAUCCAAACGCAGUGAGCUUUGAUCCAAACGCCAUGAGUUUUGAUCCGAAGGCUGCCACUUUCUAUCCGAAGGCUGCCGGUUUCGAUCCGCAGGCUGCCGGUUUCGAUCCGCAGGCUGUCAGUUUCGAUCCAAAAGCUGUCAGUUUCGAUCCCACCGCCACCAUGUUCGAUCCGAAAGUGGGCUACGACUUCCUCCCCACGGUGCCCGAGGUCGUCUCGCCGCCCAAGCCGAGCCCCGUGGGGCUCUCGCUGACCUCGCUAGUGGCGGCGCCGGUGCCCAUGCCGGUGGGACCGGUGAGGCACCAGGUGGACGACAAAGGUGGCUACCAAUGGCAGGCGUCUUCCGAGAAGCUCUUGGACCGCUUCGAGAAGACGGUCUCCGGGAGUACCGAGAAGAUCACCAUUGACGAUUGGAUGCCCUCGAAAUUGGAUGAACAUGUGAAGUUGCGACUGCACUAUGCUGUCUCCACGGGUUUCCUGCUGAAGGAGGAGCAAAAUGCCUUGCAGAAGACAUUGAACAGCUUGGUCUCCUAUGUCCCAGAAGAGCAGAGGCUUGUGAUUCAAAAGUUUCUGAGCCCCAGCUUUGACGACUUCCGCGCCAUUGUCAACAAAUUGUUUUGGUUGCAGCGCUGCAUGGAGUACUGCAGAAGCAGUUCGACCAGGACGGAACGCAUCGAAGCGGGGUCAGCGCAAGAGAAGUUGUUGAUGGCUCUGGAUCUCCACGGUUUGCGCGAAGCCGCCCUAACGGAUGAGUGUUGGACCACCUUCGAGAUGUUUCCUCCGCCGCUGCAGGAGAUGGUGGUGCAAGCGGUGAAGGCGAGUCUGCCUAUGAAGACGGAGAAGAAACAGCUAUCUCAACACUUCGCCCACCUCGCUGUGAACGAAGAGUCCAUUUAUAACUUGCAAACCAGUCGGCCGGACGACGAAGUUGUCCCCACGCAAGCGUCCUGGGAAGCUUUCAGUGAUAGCCAGUACCACGAACUCCUUCGACAGCUGCUGGUGAAUUCUCGCAAUGCCGAGGACAGGGUCCUACAACUCCUGUCUGAGGAGGCGUCAGGACCCAAGGCUACGCCCUCGCUGCUGCACGUGCACGUGGCCACCGAGGAAGCGCGCCGCGGGCGCUCCGCAGAGGUGAUUUCUCUCCUCCAUGCUGCAGCAGCCUGCGGCUUGUCACGAUUGUGUGCCCGAUUCAUUGCUGAAGGGUUAGAUGUCAAUGAACGCACGGGGCACCAGCACUUCAGCCCAUUGCAUUUGGCUGCCUCCAAUGGCAACGUGCGCGCCACAGAGACGCUUCUGGAAAACCGCGCCUUUCCCUGGCUGUUGGAUGAUUGCGGCAAGACGCCUUUGUACCAUGUGGUGACGUCCCUGCCGGAGUCCUCGGAGGCAGAACAGCAGCUGCUGCUGCAGAUCUGUCAGCAGCUGGUCUUCGGCAUGCUGCAGGCCAGCGAUGAAGAUGAGCUGUUGCUGGUGGAAUCCGCUUUGGAGAUCUUGCAGCAAUCGGAGCUCUCUUGGUUGCUGCAACUGCAGUAUCGCAUGCGAGAAUUGCAGCUCAAGAACCCAGCGAUCUACACCCCAGAGAUUUUGGUGGAGCUGGGUCGGAUGCACUACGAGACGUUGAAUCUUCUCCUCUCCUUCUUCGAUGGCGAUCGCUGCAAGUUGAAUGUGCCUGAUGAUGCCUUGCUGCUCGAAUUCGCAGCUGCUUUGAAGUCGGACUUCAUUCAGGUGAGAUUCCAAUCCAUUGAUGCUAAGCUCUCCAAUGCUUUGAGGAAAGUCAUCGACUAUGCUGGGGACAAGUCUAUGCAAGUGAAGUAUGACAUGUCCAUGAAGAACCAAAUGUAUGGGAAGAGUGGAGACUUCAUUAAGGGACGAGAACUAUUCGCAAUGAUCUUGAUUAGCUUCAAGUCACCUGAUCAUACUGAAGUUCUCCACAACGCUCAUCAUUUGUACAUGUUCAGCUAUUAUGGAGAUGACCAACUCGAGGCCUUCUACAACAAGUGGCUUGACAUCAUAUAUAACAUGAAACAUGAUGAUCGGCCUUCUGCAAAUUCCCUGCGUGACACAUUGUUCCGGAAGAUUGAACACUCAAAACUCAUGCACUUUGAUAUCAGCCGAUACCGUACAUUCGAUGAAGGGCAUCAUGAGAAGACUUAUGAAUUCCUAAUCGGUAUGAUCAAAGGAUACAUUGCCAGAGGGAAACAAGAAAGACUGUUGAAAGACAGGGAACGUGCAGUCAAAAUAUCAAUGUCAUCCAACAAAACUACACCCGCAUUGGAAGAUGACGUGAAAGCUGCCGCCCCCACCAAGACAAAGAAGGAAGACGCUGCAGCCGCUUCAUCUGCCGGUGAUCCUCCCAAAGGGAAGCCGAAGGCCAAGGCAAAAAGUGAAGCUGCUUCUGUUCUUCCUACGCCUUCUCCGAAGUCUCAUGCCGACAAGAACAAGAAAGGCAAGGGCAAAGGAUAA